AUGAAAAUUCAGUGCAACGUGUGUGAGGCGGCGGAGGCGACGGUGCUGUGUUGCGCCGAUGAAGCGGCGUUGUGUUGGGCUUGCGAUGAGAAGGUACAUGCUGCUAACAAACUCGCUAGUAAGCAUCAGAGAGUUCCUCUUUCUACUUCCACUUCUCAAAUGCCAAAGUGUGAUAUUUGUCAGGAAGCAGUUGGAUACUUCUUUUGUCUUGAAGACAGAGCUUUGCUAUGCAGAAAAUGCGAUAUAGCGAUACAUAAAGUCAACACUUUAGUUUCAUCCCAUCAGAGGUUUCUACUUACAGGAGUGAAAGAUGUAUGGAACAAAACAUGGUACCCAAAAGCUGAAGACCAUGUGAACACAGAAAAGACAUGGUAUGUUGUUGAUGCAACUGAUAAAAUUCUUGGAAGAAUGGCAUCAGCUAUAGCAGUUCACAUACGUGGGAAGAAUCUUCCAACCUAUACUCCUAGUGUAGACAUGGGAGCAUUUGUAAUUGUGGUGAAUGCUGAGAAAGUUGCUGUUUCGGGUAAAAAGAGGCUACAGAAACUUUACAGGAGGCAUUCAGGAAGACCAGGUGGAAUGACAGUGGAAACUUUUGAUCAACUUCAACAAAGGAUUCCUGAAAGGAUUAUCGAGCAUGCUGUUCGUGGGAUGCUUCCUAAAGGAAGGCUUGGACGAGAUUUGUUUACUCAUCUUAAGGUGUACGAGGGACCCGAUCAUCCACAUCAAGCACAAAAGCCCAUAGAUUUGCCGAUAAGAGACAAAAGGAUACAAAAACAAACCUAG